UGGUUUGAUAACGGAGAACCCAUUCAAGUGCUGUGUGACAUGACAACUGAGGGCGGUGGAUGGACAGUCUUUCAAACACGAAUGGAUGGAUCAGUGUUCUUCUACUUGGGAUGGGAAGAAUACAGAGUGGGAUUUGGAAAUUUGAACGGGGAGUUCUGGUUAGGGAAUGAUAAUCUUCACUGUCUAACUGCAAAUGCUACUAUGAUGCUCCGAGUUGAUUUGGAGGAUUACGAUGGUGUCCGAAAAUAUGCCCAGUACACGACAUUCACUGUAGCUGACGCGGACGACAACUAUCGACUGACGAUUGACGGAUAUAAUGGCACCGCGGGUGACUCGAUGGUCGUGUGUGAUAGGCCAGCUAAGUACGUACGCAGGAAAAAGGAUACAGGUUAAAUCGUUCAACAGCCAUUAAGCUUCGUAACAGAAGGUGAAAAAAAGCAUUUUUGCCGGUCGGUUGGUAUUUUAGUGUUGAGUAAUAGAUGUCUCCUGCCUUUCUUCUCCAAGAUCACGUACUCUAAAAAUCUGCACUCUCUAGAAAAAACAUUAAUGCCACUGAAAUUUCCAAUCGGAAUUUCCGGUUUUCCCUUAUAGAGUAUAAGUACCCCGACUGAGUGUUGAUCCGGCCAGGAAUCGGACCCGGGCCAGUCAAGUGCCCAAUCGAUUGUCCAAAACAAGUCGAUUUUUUGCUUUCAAAAAGAAUCAAAUUUAAACUUGAAAACGCCUUUUUUAGUUUACUACGAGUCUUCUUGAAUAAUGGAAAGUGAGUUUGAUCAACCACAAUAAAUAAUUGUCACAAUAAAGAUCAAUUCUAAGAGAUCCAAAGAUGGGAGGUGUGCCUACAAAAAUACUGGGUCGAGCCACCUUAGGGCCUGUUAACAUGGAGUGGGGGACCUCGGUCUAGUAGGGUUGGUUUCUUUUGUUUUCACGCUCUGGGGGAACACAAAACAAAAGAAACCUACCCCACUAGACCGGGGUCCCCCACUCCAUGUAAACAGGGUCUUAGUAUCGCGGUUGUUUUUGUUGCAAGGAGAAUUGUCUUUCACCCAUAAUCUUUGCUUCUUUAGAAACAUGAUGUUUACGACGCAGGAUAAAGACAAUGAUGUGUAUUCCAUAAAAAAUUGUGCGGUUGAGUUCAAAGGAGGAUGGUGGUACAAUAAGUGCCAUUGCUCUAAUCUCAAUGGUUUGUACCAAGGAGGCUCUCACCCACAUGGCGUCGUGUGGCAUUCAUUUAGUAGCCAGUGGCAUUCCCUGAAACACGUGGAGAUGAAAUUUCGACCUAAUUGA